AUGCAUCCCUCCAAGAACCCCCCUAAUAAAAGUGUUGGGACUGGCCCCCGGCAGAUACGUUUACCCCUGGGUCCUGUGCUAACCACCUAUGUUGCUGUUCAGUUUCCUGGCCUGCAAGAAAGAGAUUGGAAGGCUGGAACCAAAUGCUGUCUCUUCUUCACUUGCCCUGAAGGCUUCAAAUGCUGUGGUAACAGCUGUGGCAAAGAGUAUGAGAUCUCCAAUCCCUUGAGGAUCUUUAGCAUCUUUUUCCUGAUGGUCCUGCUCUUCUUGUCUAUCUGUGGCCUGGCCAAGUACUUCUUUGGAAACUGCAGAAAGUCAGAGCCAGGCCCUCUGACUGAGCUCCAGGGCCCCCCAGCACUGCCCUUCAUCACCCUCACUCAACUCCAGAGCCCACCAGGAAGUUCAUCCUUGAGGCCUCACACCCCUACAGCGAGAUUAUUCAGAUGCUUGUGCUUGGCCUGCCUUCUCCCCCCCACCCACCCACCAAUAGAGCCACCCUCUCCCCACAGUUUCAGACCAGAAGAACAUUCUGGGGUUCACAGAGGCAUUAACAACCCAGCUUUCUGA